CACAUAGCGUCGCAAAGGCUUCUGGGAGAAACCUUCUGCGUUGGAGACAUUUUGGAUUUAAAGGGGCUGAGCCAGCCGUCAGUCCUAGCUCUCGGUUCCUUGAGCUACAGAGAAAAUGUCCACUAUGGUGUAUCCACGGGAAGAGAAGCUCGAGAAGCUUUCUCAGGAGGAGAUCAUCUCCAACACCAAGCUGGUGAUCCAGGGUCUGGAGGCCCUGAAAAACGAGCACAACUCAAUCCUCCACAGCCUACUGGAGACCAUCAAGUGCCUAAAGAAGGAUGAAGAGGCCAACCUGGUCCAUGAGAAGUCCAAUCUGCUCCGCAAGUCAGUGGAGAUGAUAGAACUGGGUCUGGGAGAAGCACAGGUGAUGAUGGCCCUGUCCAACCACCUGAACGCAGUGGAGUCCGAGAAGCAGAAGCUGCGUGCACAGGUGAGGAGGCUUUGCCAGGAAAACCAGUGGCUGCGUGACGAGCUGGCCAACACCCAGCAGAAGCUGCAGAAGAGUGAGCAGAGUGUGGCCCAGCUGGAGGAGGAGAAGAAGCACCUGGAGUUCAUGAACCAGCUCAAAAAAUAUGAUGAAGAUGUCUCACCAACUCAGGAGGAGAAAGACAGAGAAACACCAAAGGAUUCCCUGGACGACCUCUUCCCCAAUGACGAGGAGGAGCAUGGCCAAGGAAUGCAGCACCAACAUAACAGUGCAGCUGUGGCUGCAGCCCAACAGGGUGGCUACGAGAUCCCAGCCCGCCUGAGAACCCUGCACAACCUGGUGAUCCAGUAUGCCUCUCAGGGCAGGUACGAGGUGGCGGUGCCCCUCUGCAAGCAAGCUUUGGAGGACCUGGAAAAGACCUCUGGACAUGACCAUCCUGAUGUGGCCACCAUGCUUAACAUCUUGGCCUUGGUCUACAGGGAUCAGAACAAAUAUAAAGAGGCAGCCCAUCUGCUCAACGAUGCACUAUCCAUCCGUGAGAAGACCCUGGGCAAAGACCAUCCAGCCGUCGCUGCAACACUGAACAACUUGGCCGUGUUGUAUGGAAAGAGAGGGAAGUACAAGGAGGCUGAGCCCCUGUGUAAGAGGGCUCUGGAGAUCCGAGAGAAGGUCCUGGGGAAGGAUCACCCAGACGUGGCCAAACAGCUGAACAACCUGGCCCUGCUGUGCCAGAACCAGGGCAAAUAUGAGGAAGUGGAGUAUUACUACUGCCGUGCCCUGGAGAUCUAUGAGUGCAGGCUGGGCCCAGAUGAUCCCAAUGUGGCCAAAACCAAGAACAACCUGGCAUCCUGCUUCCUUAAACAGGGGAAAUACAAGGAGGCUGAAAUUCUGUACAAAGAGAUUCUGACUCGUGCUCACGAGAAAGAGUUUGGAUCUGUUGAUGCUGAGAACAAACCCAUCUGGAUGCAUGCAGAGGAAAGAGAGGAGAUGAGCAAGGGCAAGCACAGAGACAACACUCCAUACGGAGAGUACGGUGGCUGGUACAAGGCCUGCAAAGUCAACAGCCCUACAGUGAACACCACCCUGAGGAACCUGGGUGCCCUGUACCGCCGGCAGGGCAAGCUAGAGGCUGCUGAGACCCUGGAGGAGUGUGCCAUGAGGUCCCGCAAGCAGAGCAACACAGGUAUCGACCCCAUCAACCAAACGCGUGUGGUGGAGAUCCUGAAGGACACGGACGGGGAUAGGCGGAGGAGCAGGGACAGCCUGGCCAGCGUUAAGUACGAGAGCGGCUCUGAGACGGGCGAGGAAGUGAGUAUGGGCGUGGAGUGGAACGGGGCCUAAGCCAUCAAGAUUAUUCCUCCAUCCUUCUCUCCUUCCCCAAACACAAUAGCAAAGGGAUGUGUGUUGUCGUUCCCUCUGGCUUCCUCUGUCCCAACAAACCAACAGCUCCUCUACCAUUCCCGGUGCCCCCUGCGGCAGAGACUCAGAAAGCCCCCCCCAACUCUCGGUUGUCUCCUCUGUCCCUAGCUCAUCUGACAACUGCUGGGGCGUUUGGUCUUCUCAUCCCUUCUCCAUUUUUCCUCUCUCUUUGACUCUCUAUCCUUUCCUGUCACUAACCUCUGUCAGCAAAUGUUAAUUCAGCUCUUUCUCUCACAUAACUUUAAAAGAUGUAAAUGUGUGUGUGUGUGUGUAAUCUUUCCCUGUGAGGAAGUCACUCGCACCUUAUCCUCUCAUCAGCACCCAUCUGUAAUUUCUGACAGGGGCAUAGUAGAUUUAUUUUAGUUAAAGAAGCUGGUAAGUUAUUUAUUGGAAGAAGGCUAAAUAGAAAUGCUAAUGUUGUCUUUGAUGGCAGCCUUAGCUUCAGAUAUCACUCAAAUCCAUAGUCUUGACAGGCAGUUACAAUCACUAUAGAGUCAGUAUGUUACCAUCUAUUCAUUUCCACUGUUUGCUCUUCAUGGACUCACCCAGAAUUACUUUGACCCGAGUUAUCAAGGCCAAGAAGUAAAAGUUGACCUCAAAGCGAGUUGUCAGCUUAUUGCCUGCAUUUAGCCAUAAUUUUACCAUUUUUAUUUUUUCUUUUAUAACUUUUCAUUUAUUCUGCUGUUUUGAGUAUUUAAAGUUUUUAACUAACGCCUGCGAUUAAAUGCCAUGAAUGGUACUUUAUAUUUUAAGUUGAAGAUUCUGCAGCCUGGUUGGCGAGAAAAGAGAAGGGAAUGAUGAUUUUUUUUAUUUUCUUCUAUAGAUUUCCUCUAUUAUUUGUAUGAUUAUUGUUUACAUUUUUUUAUUUGCUUUUGAAUACUUUGUGGCUAAAUAUAAAAUCAGUAAAAUGUUGUAAAAGACCAGGAAGGCCAAGAUGAGAUAGGCCAAAGCUGAUGGAAAAUUUGCUGCAGUUGCCAUAGCAAUUUAUUUCCAAGUUGCUCCUGCCAGCUUCAGUGUCCUUGUGCUGUCGUGGUAAGUAUACAGUAACUCGCAUUUACAAAGGGAAAGGCAACACUGGCUGCUGCUAUAAAGCCAGCAUGACAGCAGAGACCAACGGGAGCGUUUAGCACAAAUACCAGCCACCUGAGAGAUACAUAAUAAUACUGGAUUUCAAAAGUUACAGACAUAAUGCCCAAAUUUUCCUUGAUUUGUAAGCGUAGGAGUACAAGCUAGCAUUGUAAUUGUAACUGGACAGAUUCUGUGUAUUUGUGUACGUUUCAGUGAGACAGUCGCAGUGCCCACGCUGGCUAUUGAUACUGUAUUUUCACACGUGAAGCUUAACAGAGUGUUGCCUUUUUUUUUCUUACACAGUUGAUCAUUGUCACUUUGGUGAAUCAUGUCUUUUUAUUUUUUUUUUUAACACCAAAAGUACAGUGCGAGUGUUUCCUCACGGUCAACAUGUUAUUUCAGAUGUUAAACUAACUGAAUGUAAAUGACUUUAACAUCUUGGAAGUGUAAUUGUAGGCUGUAUUUCUAGAUUUGACAAGUGCAUUCACUAUACAGCUUCUCAGUAUGCUUCUUGCCUUGAUUCUUCAUUCCUCCCCAUGAGUACACCUAUACUUCUAAUGCAACUCAGAACAAAAGAAAUGACUGUGUUCAUCACAUAAUUAUGCCAAUAUUGUUGUGUUAGUGGAAUGCUUAUUUAUUGAACUGUCUAUUCUUGACAUAUAUAGUGUGACUUCUGUUUCCAUAAGUGGAAGAACAUUAAAUGGUAAGAUCUUUAAGCACUAUCUUAGUAAGUAGGACUGCAUUAUAUUUACCAUUCUGCAUUGUGAAGAUUAUUGCAUCAACACUUGUUGGUAUUCUCAAAUAAAGUUUUUCAUUUGUGAA